AUGCCCACAUCAGACGUGCUGCACACCUUCCAACCUGGCCGACGCGACGCCAGCGACCAAAGUGAGCACGUUCCCGCUCAGUUCAAACUGGCCAUCAGCCGUGCCGAGACGAUACAGCAGCGAGCUCAGAAGACCGCGGCAACCAAGCACGCCCAGCGUUCGACCAAGGCCCCCAUCCUCGGCGACGGCAUACUGAAGCUACCAACUCCGGUCUGCUCUUCUGAUGCAUCUGCGGAGGCUGGCUCGAAGGCGAGCCUGGGCAUCGAGAAGAGUGUCGGAUGUCUUGCUGCGCUUGUCGAGCAGGCUGAUGCUGUCAGAACGAACGAUAAGGUUGGCUGGUCGUUGACGGUCGCAAAACCAGACGACAGGGCUCACGCGCAUCUGACCACGGCAACCGCAGAAGACGUCCUUUUGCGAGUCAAGCACGAAGACCACCUGGGCUCGCAUGGCCGUCCCUCGUCCGACGACGGCAAUUUGUACCAGAACAUUGUUGAUAGCCGAAGCCCACUCACCAUGAUCCGUUUGAUCUCACGAGCAUGA